AUGUGGAAUAAAGGCCUAAUUGUCUGCGACGAAUGGCCAUCCGACAGCCGACGUAACCCCCAUCAUUCCAGUGAACCACUGGACCUAUCUAACCGCCAACGCAACAACUCCUACUCCCAUCAGCAAACACAAGCAGCUCCUGAUAGACGCAGACGCAGCAAUUCCCUUGAUGCCGACUACACCAACCCACGAAUGCGUCGGCAUCCGGAAAUGACGCCGACUGAGGCGAAAGACGCCAGGUACUGGGAGCGAAGGAACAGGAACAACGCCGCCGCCAGACGCUCUAGGCAAAGUCGACGUGCCCGUGAGGCGGAUCUGGGGAAAUACGCUGAGUGCCUGGAGAGGCAAAACGCGGCUCUUGAGGCCGAGGUUCGACUCCUGCGCGCUAAGCUGGCAGCCUUGAGCGCAACUCUAAACCACCGGGAAAUGGGCCGACAGCAGUAUUGA